UUUGCAUUUCCUCAGUUUUGUCGGAAAAUUAAAAUUAAAAACAAAAACAAAACUACAGAGAGGAGAAGAAGGGGAGAUACGUGCUCACCAUCAUCGGCGUUAGGCAGAAGAAGAUCGAUGGAGAGAGAAAGAUAGAGGAUCAAUUUCUUCUUCCCCCAAAUACUAUUCAUCUUCAUCAUCACGUCCCAUGGUGGAAAUGAAAAUCUCAGCUCUUGUCGACAGUAUCUAUUCGUUUCUAAAUCUGUCUUCUUCCAGACAUAUCGAUUUAGACCCAUUUGAGAAAUACUACAAGAGAGUCGAAGAGUUGUUGUCAGUCUUGAAGCCGGUAGCUGAUGCUGCUGCUGUUCUCAACUCUGAUCUUGCUUUGGAGGAGAGACUUUGGAAAUCGUUUCAAGAAUUGACUCAAGAUGUUGAUCACUCCAGAGAUCUUUUCACAAAUUGGCACGCUUUCUCCAGUAAAGUCUACUUCGUCCUCCAAAUUGAAUCUUUGAUACCCAAGAUGCGAGACACUAUUGUGGAUACUUUCCAGUUUCUCAACUCUUUGAAGAACGACCUACCUGAUGAGCUGCGUCCAGCUUCCCUCGAGAAAUGUAUUGAGAAGAUUAAGCAUCUUAGUUAUGAAGAAAUCUCUUCUGUAAUUGAUGGUGCUCUAAGGGAUCAGAGAGACGGCGUUGGACCUAGCCCUGAGAUCUUAGUAAAAAUUGGAGAGAACACUGGUCUAAGAUCAAACCAAGAGAUUCUGAUCGAAGCAGUUGCUCUUGAGAGGCAGAAAGAGAUUGCUGAGCAGUCUGAGAACAAUGCAGAAGUCGAGUUCCUUGACCAACUGAUUGUUAUAGUAAACCGCAUGCACGAACGUCUUCUUCUGAUCAAACAGACUGAGACAUCUAGUGUCUCCAUUCUUGCCGACUUCUUUUGCCCUCUGUCCCUUGAAGUUAUGACUGAUCCAGUUAUUGUGUCAUCAGGACAAACAUAUGAGAAGGCCUUCAUUAAGAGAUGGAUUGAUUUAGGUUUAAAAGUUUGUCCCAAGACUAGGCAGACUCUGACUCACACGACUUUGAUACCUAAUUACACCGUCAAGGCUUUAAUCUCUAAUUGGUGUGAUACAAAUGAUGUCAAGCUGCCUGAUCCCAAUAAGUCAAAGAGUUUAAACGAGCUCUCUCCUCUUUUGUCAUGUACAGACUCCAUGACAAAAGUUAGCAACAAGUCAAAUGAUUGGGAUGCUUCUCCUUCACGUUCAAAUGAUUCUGAGGAUAGACCUAACCAUUCUCGAGAAAUGAAUACAGAUGCACAUGGUAGGUCAUCUGUAUCUUCAACUACAAGAGGCUCAGUGGAAAAUGGACAAACAUCUGAGAAUCACCACCAUCUUAGGUCUCCUUCUGCUACUAGCUCGGUUUCUAAUGAGGAGUUUCCAAGAACAGAUAGUAAUGAAAACUCUGAUGCUUCAGGAGAGAUUAGAUCAGGGCAGCCUCUUGCUGCAACCACUUCAGCAGCAGCUCCUCGGCGAGAUCUGUCUUGGCGUAACCGUGGCCAGUUUUGGCGCCGUCCUUCAGACAGACUCGGUUCAAGGAUUGUCUCAGCGCCUUCUAAUGAGGCGAGGCGUGAACUUGCCGAGGUCGAAAACCAAGUUAAGAAGCUGGUGGAGGAGUUGAAAAGCAGUUCCCUAGAUGUUCAGAGACGAGCAACAGGUGAAAUAAGGUUGCUAGCUAAGCACAACAUGGAUAAUAGGAUAGUAAUAGGAAACUCCGGAGCUAUUGUUUCGUUAGUGGAGCUGCUUCACUCAACAGACUCAGCUACACAGGAGAACGCUGUUACAGCUCUUCUUAACUUGUCCAUUAACGACAACAACAAGAGUUUAAUCGCUGAGGCUGGUGCUAUAGAGCCGCUCAUUCAUGUUCUUGAGAAUGGUAGCUCUGAAGCUAAGGAGAAUUCAGCUGCUACUCUUUUCAGCCUCUCUGUGAUAGAAGAGAACAAGAUUAAGAUUGGUCAGUCAGGUGCAAUAGGGCCUCUUGUUGAUCUGCUAGGGAAUGGUACUCCUCGGGGGAAGAAAGAUGCUGCUACUGCAUUGUUUAAUCUGUCUAUACAUCAAGAAAACAAGGGGACAAUCGUGCAGUCUGGGGCUGUGAGGUAUCUUAUAGAUUUAAUGGAUCCAGCAGCUGGGAUGGUGGAUAAAGCGGUUGCUGUGUUGGCAAAUUUAGCUACAAUCCCGGAAGGAAGAAAUGCUAUCGGUCAAGAAGGUGGGAUUAGUCUUCUUGUUGAGGUUGUUGAGUUGGGUUCAGCUAGAGGGAAAGAAAACGCUGCAGCUGCUCUGCUUCAGCUUUCGACCAAUAGUGGUCGGUUCUGUAAUAUGGUUCUGCAAGAAGGAGCUGUUCCUCCUCUUGUCGCUCUCUCACAGUCUGGUACUCCCAGAGCCAGAGAAAAGGCACAGGCAUUGCUUAGUUACUUCAGAAACCAAAGGCAUGGAAAUGCUGGGCGAGGCUGAUGGAUGAUUGAUGAUGAGUAGAUUUUGGUUCCUUGGGGCUUGUUUUGUGUUUGUCUUCUUAUUUAAGUAGUGAUUUUGUACAGAAGAGGUUUCAUCUGCAAAUAAUUCCAUACCCAAGAUUUUGUUGGUUCUCUGCAUUCUUUGAUUUUUCGUUUUAAUAAGUCUUUGAAGGAACAAACAAUGUACAGUUGUGAAUGUGCACUGAGUGAGAGAAUAUGUAACCAUCCAUAGA